ACUGCCCCAGCAAAGUUGCUCAAUUGAGAUAACGCUUAACGAUGCGGCCCUCGAAGGUCGGGGCACGGGCGGCUUUGAUGGUCAACAUGCUACCAGUGAUGUACUAAUCAUAGCCUGGAAUCACUAUGAGCGUUAUACCAACAUGGUCAUCUGAAGGGCAGUACCGGCCCCCGCGAAGGAGUUGAGCUUCCGAGCGAGCACGACGAUAAGUAUUCAGCGCUGUUCCAUACGGCAUAACAUGUCCGCCAUCUCGAGAUUGACACAUUCGAAAGCCCUUGGUCUGACCAAAUAUCGAUGCACUUACUAGGUACAAUGCGGUCUCUUUGGGUACAUAUUAUACCCACCAGAAGCAAAGUGCAGCCACCAAUUCCGUUAGAAUCGAUAUCAAAACCAGAUUCUCUCACCUCCCAACGCUCCAAUGGCAUGGCAGAAUUCGAUUUGCAUGGAGACAAGGUUGACCGCAGGUUGAAACUAGCAUCGACAAUGCUAGCCUCCUGUCUACUAUUCACAGCCAUCUGCUUCGGCAGCCUGCAUCUGAUCUUCGACAUACAUGCCACGGAGAUACUCGGUAUUGCGAUCGACACCGACCUCCAGUUUUCCGUGCUCGGACUCAUCAAUAAGAUUAUGGAUUUCCUGGUAACCGUGACAUUACAGGAGGUGGCAGCUGUUAUACUCACUCUCUGGCUGACGGACCACAAGCUACACAUCUUUCGACCAGGAGCUCGUCUGGCGGAUCUUGAGCUUGCCGACGAGCUCACCAAGCCAUGGGUUCCCAUCAUGGUCUUACUGAGUAGAUGGAAGAUGGGCGGCUGGGACGGGAUCAAGUGGCGUGGCAUCCUCCGCUUCCUAACAACGUGGACUGUGUCAAUUUGUGUUCUGCUUCAGGGUCUUGCCAUCAAUACUGUUGCCGUGCCGAAGCUGCGAUGGACCGACGACAGUCCACAACACUAUCCAGCGCUCCGCUUCAAUAACAUCGACUUGAGUCAAUGGUAUCAAGGAGCUCAGAUGGUCGGCAGUGGCACAACAAACGAAAUGCUUGUGGCCAACGCAUACAGCACUUCCAUAGCGUUCCAAGCGCUUUCGACUCUACCUCAAGGCUUUAAUGAUAGCAACAACAAAAAUGGCCGGUCUCGCGGGCUCCAACAGAUUGGUGGCAAAGAUGCGGGAGACGACGUACUCCUGAUUCUGGAUACGCGCAUGAGAGGGAAUGUUAUCCAGGGCACUGCCGUCCACAACCCCUUUGUCCAAAAUAUCUUUGACUGGUUCCACGCGAAUGGUACCGACUCUGCCAGGUAUGCUGUUGGCUGGGAUGCUGAUCUGAAGCUUGUUGUGCCUGUUGUAAACGUUUCCUGCUCGCCGGAAACGCAGACGCAGACGGCUCUCAAUCAAACGGUGACGGUACAGCAGGCGGCAUUGACUUCCACAUCCUUUUCCAUCAACGUCAACACUCCACUGGGUCACGCAAAUGCGACGCAACAGAUCACGAAUUGCACACUGAGCUUCUCCCGCGGCCUCUUGCCGGUAAAGUCCUGGAUUGUGAGCGAUGAGCCCAUUAGCACAUCACCAAACAACUACAACACAGACUGGAACGGAAAUGUUUCUUCAUUACCGGCAGAAGAGGUGGAUGCCAACAUCACCUUGGCUCUCAACCAACAGAUGUCCAUAAUCAUGGAUCGAUUCGAGACAAUCACUCAGAAUCUCAGCGCCGCCGAGCUGCUGACAACUACGGCAGCUCAAAUACGCAACGUCGCCACAUAUGUCGAUUCCGACGAAGAUGCCUUGGCGGCCGUGCUUGCCUGGGUUGCGACGUCGAGUCUGGGCUAUGCCGACUGGGAUGUAACAAUGGACCAUCCAGACCAAAUGCUUGUGGCAAAUAUCCGAUGGCAACUCUACGGCUCUUCACCCCGGUUGAGCUGGGAGUGGUCCACCAUGAUCAUCUUAUGUGUUCUGUUACUAUCAAUGUUCACCAGCAUCACGAUUUUCGCGAUGUACCGCAUCUCGCCAUCACAGUGUCUCCGACCAGGUGGGAUGCUUGUCGCUGCGAAUCUCUCCAAGGAGCUUCCAAGCUUACAUUCUUCUGGGCCAGCGGAUACAGACGUCACAAAGAAGUCGGCCGACGAAACACGUUACUGGAUCAGAAGCAUGGGCGGUGACAGAAUCAGCUUUGUGGACAGCCACAGUCCAGAUCAGGGCAAAGCGACCGGUUUGAGGACGCCAUAUAGAUGGGGUUCAAGUUGAUGUUGACAUUCAAUAUGUUUGUUUUCUGCGAGGGGGCAUUCUUAUCCCGGCGUUAUCCCGGCGUUAUCCAGGGGGUUUCCAGGCGUUAUCUAGGCGUGUUAUCUCCUAAGUUCUGACAACUUUCAGCAUGAAUCCAUGACAUUCUGCAAUGUCUACCGCAGCAUAGCCUUCGGCGCUUGAGGGUACUCUACAGGUCCACUAUAGGUGCU